AUGCCUCCUGUAAAUCGCGACCUCAGGAUCGAUACCUCGGCAAAUGCAUUAACAGAUCCUUCGUCAAGUCGGCAAGCUUCAGCUUCCACUGCUAGCUUGAGCCACGCAUCAGCUCGGAGCUUCAGACCCAGGAGCACAUCCUCCGCAUCCGCGUCCUCGUCAAUAUCCAGUGUUGCUCGUUCCUAUCCCUCUCGACCGUCAACUUCACACAGCACUCGGCGUGCACGGACACCGGCUGAAUGUCCCUCAGACGACGAUGGCCCCAGUGUGCAGGAGUAUGUACUCGCGAUGCAUGACUUCGCGCCCCAAAGUCAGAAUGUUACUUGCCUUGCGUUCACGGCUGGCCAGGUCAUCCGCGUUAUCAACCGGGACUCUAGCGGCUGGUGGGAUGGCGAACUGGACGGGCGGCGGGGCUGGUUCCCCAGUAACUAUGUAACAUCAGAUGUUGGUCUUUUAACCGAGGAAGAGCUGCCCAAAGUGACGCAUGCCCGUUCUGGACACACUCAUUCAAUUUCUGCAACGUCCGCAGCGUCAUGGUCGACGCCUAUGGCUGCGCCUUCGGCGAGAAACCAAUCAUUUUCAAGGACAGACCAUCGCCCAAUACCUUCCGACAGCGGCGGGCAAAAUACCGACACGUAUUGCCCUCCGCUCAUGGUUCCUCUCCUUCACGGACUCUCCCUGCUCCAGAACGCGGCAAAAAUGAAUCGAACAGCACAUUUUCAGCCAUCGACAGCCUAUAUCAUCUCGUGUGUGCGCGCCAUCCUCUCUGAUGUUGGAUGCUUAUCACGUGACGCGCCAAUCCUGAAAUUACAUGGGAUUCUUGCGCAGGAGCGCAAACGCAUUUUGUCGGAUCUUGCUUCGCUAGUAUCACAGGCGAAGAGGGCUUCUGACGAAAAUCUUAGCGAGGAUUUAAAGGAGUUAGAGAUCGAGACAAUGGUGAAAUUAGGUGGUCAGCUUUUUGCGCAUGUCCGAGGCUUCUUGACGCUCUUGGUUCAAUGCGGAGUACCGCUGCCGAAGCAUGGUGGGCGCCCGCCCGGCUCUGCCUUUGGGAUUCCUUCUAGUGAGCAGUGGACUAGUUCAGAUGGAACCGCCGUUCAGUUCGACGAGCCCAGCGACCCAGGUGAGUUCGGCCAGUGCUGGGCUGCCACUAGCAAGACAACGAAUGGGAUAGAACAUCGAAUAUCCGCGCGGAAGUUUGCUAUCCAUCCUACUGUUCAUACUCCUCUGCGCGCAAGAAGUAUGGGCGACCUGAGAACACCAAAGCAAAUUGUUCUCGAUGCGGACGUUCGUCAGAUGCCAUUAAAGCCACAUCUGAAGACACUGGUGGGUCAAGGCGCCACUCACCAUUCAUUCACUCCACGAACGAAGCGCCUCAUUGAAGGUGCUAUUGCUCAUCACAAAACAAACCACUCCUUCAGUAGCAGUCACUCGUCGUCGUCGUCGUUCUCAUCCGGCGAAUCCAUUGGGACGCCUGCAACGCCGGUUUUUCCCUCUGGUCCCUCGACCACGUCCGAGGUUAUGGAAGCAUUGCGGUAUACCCACGAUCACUAUUUGUCGACCAUCGCUGCAUUUAUCGGCCAUGCUCACUCGCAUUCGCGCUCGUCGCAUGCUUCGAGUACCGGACAUAUGUACGACCUGGUCCGAGAAGUCGUAGACAUGGUAUGCAAACUGUUGACCAUAGUUGAAGCGGUCUUGAAGCACCCAGAUAUUCCGGCGCCGAAGGCGCAGACUUUGAAGUCUGCAAAGGAGGGUUUAUAUCACGUCACGAGCAAGUUGGCGGAUUCAGUACGCGUCCUCACAAUGUCAUCGCCUUCUGACGUUACAGAGGAAGAAGAGAAAGCUACACUUUUGCGAUGUGCCACCAAUGCUUUGAAGGCCGGCUCAGAUUGUGUCAGCGCCGUGAAGAAGUGUCUGCAGCGACCCAUUGGCGAAAAGGCGCUUAUCGUCCAACUUCCUCCGUUGGGAGAAUUUAACAUGCCGAAUUCUCCUCGCAAGUUUUCAUAUCAUACGAGCACGCACUCUCGGACUCCUAGCAAGACGUCGAGUUUCCAUGGGCUGCGUCACCUUUAUGCAUCCAUUGACGCCAAUGCUGACGAGGAGGAUCUCACUAUCCAGGCGCAGACUGUGUCCUCCGUUGAUGUGACCGUUCGAGUGGACCGAUCUUCGUCCGACUCGAUGCAGAAAGUCGACAUGCCUAAUCCUUGGCAAUUGCCCAAAGUACACGUGGAGACUGAAGCUGUCGACGGCGCUGAUGAUACAGCGGCCACACAUCACUCGCUGCCCCCUUUGAGAAUUCCCACUGAACCGGUUGCUCCUGAUUUGCCUUCGCCAGCUUCUAUCGCUCAGACAGACGAUGACAGAACGACAUGGGAGGGAAGUCAGCGGCGGCCGCAUUCCCCGAUGUCGUUCGAGGAAAAGCUGCUACAUGGUAAUCUCCCGGCGGUGCCUGGGUCCUCGCUCUCUGAGUCAGCCAGGACUACUCCCGUCGCUUGGACGCUGUCGCACGACCAUGCUCCCGAUGAUGUUGCUUACAACAGCGAUGGUCAGCUGGUUGGUGCGACCUUGGCAGCCCUGGUUGAGCGAAUGACACCCCAUGAUGCCGUUGUAGAGCAAGCGUUUGCAGCCGUCUUCUUCUUGACAUUCCGCCUUUUCACCACGCCCAUGAAUCUUGUCGAGGCCAUCAUUGCUCGAUAUAACUUGUCCCCUCCCCUCAGCUUGUCCGUCGAGGAUCAAUAUGUCUGGCAACAACGCAAGGGGCUACCUGUCCGGUUGCGUGUGUCCAACUUCGUCAAGGCAUGGCUCGAGUCUCACUGGCGUCCAGCAACCGACAACAUAGUACUGCAGACCCUACUGGAUUUCACGCGCGACGCUCUUGCUACCAUGUUUCCGGUCCCGUCACAACGGAUCCUGGAGUUGAUCGGUUCCUGGCAAACGAUGAACGAAGCUAGCGGAAACCUCAAGAUGGAGCGCGGACGGGAUAUUAGCGUGUCUCUCAAUCCUCCUGUGAUGCAUCCUUCGGAAGUGCCCAGGCCCGUAAUGACGAAGGCAUUGCUGAAUGCUCUGAGAAGCAAGAACUUUGGCGCAAUUUCUGUGACAGACUUUGACUGUUUGGAAUUGGCCAGACAGCUGACGACCAUGGAAUGCAUAUUGUACUGCGCAAUCAGGCCUGAAGAAGUGCUAGAAACCGGACAAGACGGCGUCGCAUCGCCAGUGAACAUCAAGGCUGUCACAUCUUUGAGCACUGCUAUUACUGGUUAUGUCGCGGAAAGCAUUUUGAACGAACUUGAUACCAAAAAGCGAACCGCGUUGGUCAAGUUUUUCAUCAAGGUUGCAGACCGAUGUGUCUCCCUCAACAAUUUUAGCACCCCUCGCUCGAUUCUGGCUGCUCUUGACUCGUCGACCAUCUCGCGACUUCAGCAAACCUGGACUGGUUUGCCUCAAAAGAACAAGCUACAACUGGAGGCUUUGAGAAAGCUUGCUGAUCACGCCCGCAACUACCACGAGUACCGCACUCGAUUACGCAAUACUUCGCCCCCUGCAGUGCCUUUCUUAGGUCUCUACCUCACCGAUGUCACAUUCUGCCGCGAAGGCAACCCUUCCCACAGAGCAUCACCCAAGUCGCCUGACAAGAGACUAUUGAAUUUCAAUAAGUACCACAAAUUAACUCGAAUUGUGCAAGAUAUGCAGCGCUUCCAGGUCCCGUAUAAUCUCAAACAGAUACCCGAAGUCCAGGAGUACCUGAAGGACGCAUUCGAGAAAUCUAAACAUCGAGGCGAUCUGCAUGACCUAUAUCGCCGUAGUCUAUUAGUAGAACCAAAGCAGCCCGCGGAUACGCCUCCCGCCAGCGAUGUGCGGCAACUAUUCAACUGGACGAACCGUUCGCAAUCACACCAUACCACUCCAACUUCUGCAUCAUGA